AUGGGUGUCGGCCAGAGGAAGCUGGCCCCACUCUGGACCCUGGCUCUUGCUCUGGCCUGCACCCAGCACACAGGCCAUGCCCAGGAUGGCUCUUCUGAAUCCAGCUACGGGCACCACCCUGCCCUCUCUCCCAUCGCCCGGGGGCCUAGUGGGGUCCCGCUCCAUGGGGUGACUCUCUUCCCGCCUCUGAGGACCAUCCCCGUGGUACGAGCCUCCAACCCGGCGCACAACGGGCGGGUGUGCAGCACCUGGGGCAACUUCCACUACAAGACCUUCGACGGCGACGUCUUCCGCUUCCCCGGCCUCUGCAACUACGUGUUCUCCGAGCACUGCGGCGCUGCCUACGAGGACUUCAAUGUCCAGCUGCGCCGCAGCCAGGAGUCAGCAGCCCCCACGCUGAGCAGGGUCCUCAUGAAGGUGGAUGGCGUGGUCAUCCAGCUGACCAAGGGCUCUGUCCUGGUCAACGGCCGCCCGGUCCUGUUGCCCUUCAGCCAGGCUGGGGUCUUCAUUCAGCAGAGCAGCAGCUACACCAAGGUGGAGGCCAGACUGGGCCUUGUCCUCAUGUGGAACCACGAUGACAGCCUGCUGCUGGAGUUGGACGCCAAAUAUGCCAACAAGACCUGUGGGCUCUGUGGAGACUUCAACGGGAUGCCCGUGGUCAGCGAGCUCCUCUCCCACAACAUCAAGCUGACUCCUAUGGAGUUUGGGAACCUGCAGAAGAUGGACGACCCCACGGAGCAGUGUGAGGACCCUGUCCCUGAACCCCCGAGGAACUGCUCCACUGGCUUUGGCAUCUGCGAGGAGCUCCUGAAUGGUCAGCUGUUCUCCAGCUGUGUGGCCCUGGUGGACGUCAGCAGCUACCUGGAGGCCUGCAGGCAAGACCUCUGCUUCUGCGGAGGCACCGACCUGCUCAGCUGCGUCUGCCACACCCUCGCAGAGUACUCCCGGCAGUGCGCCCACGCCGGGGGGCUGCCCCAGGACUGGCGGGGCCCUGACCUCUGCCCCCAGACGUGCCCCAGCAACAUGCAGUACCACGAAUGCCGCUCCCCCUGCACAGACACCUGCUCCAACCAGGAGCACUCCCGGGCCUGCGAGGACCACUGUGUGGCCGGCUGCUUUUGCCCUGAGGGGACGGUGCUCGAUGACGUUGGCCAGACCGGCUGUGUCCCUGCGUCACAGUGUGCCUGCGUCUACAACGGGGCCGCCUAUGCCUCGGGGGCCACCUACUCCACAGACUGCACCAACUGCACCUGCUCUGGAGGCCGGUGGAGCUGCCAGGAGGUUCCAUGCCCUGGUACCUGCUCCGUGCUUGGAGGUGCCCACUUCUCGACGUUUGACGAGAGGCACUACACGGUGCACGGGGACUGCAGCUAUGUGUUGACCAAGCCCUGUGACAGCAGUGCCUUCACUGUACUGGCUGAGCUGCGCAGGUGUGGGCUGACGGACAGCGAGACCUGCCUGAAGAGUGUGACACUGAGCCUGGACGGGGCGCAGACGGUGGUGGUGAUCAAGGCCAGCGGGGAAGUGUUCCUGAACCAGAUCUACACCCAGCUGCCCAUCUCUGCAGCCAACGUCACCAUCUUCAGACCUUCGACCUUCUUCAUCAUCGCCCAGACCAGCCUGGGCCUGCAGCUGGACCUGCAGCUGGUGCCCACCAUGCAGCUGUUCGUGCGGCUGGCGCCCAAGCUCCGCGGGCAGACCUGCGGUCUCUGUGGGAACUUCAACAGCAUCCAGGCCGAUGACUUCCGGACCCUCAGUGGGGUGGUGGAGGCCACAGCCGCGGCCUUCUUCAACACCUUCAAGACCCAGGCCGCCUGUCCCAACAUCAGGAACAGCUUCGAAGACCCCUGCUCCCUGAGCGUGGAGAAUGAGAAGUAUGCCCAGCACUGGUGCUCGCAGCUGACCGAUGCCAACGGCCCCUUCAGCCGGUGCCACGCUGCCGUGAAGCCGGACACCUACUACUCGAACUGCAUGUUUGACACCUGCAACUGUGAGCGGAGUGAGGACUGCCUGUGCGCCGUGCUGUCCUCCUAUGUGCAUGUCUGUGCCGCCAAGGGUGUGCAGCUCAGUGGCUGGAGGAACGGCGUCUGCACGAAGCCCAUGACCACUUGCCCCAAGUCGAUGACCUACCACUACCAUGUCAGCACCUGCCAGCCCACCUGCCGCUCUCUGAGUGAGGGGGACAUCACCUGCAGUGUUGGCUUUAUCCCCGUGGAUGGCUGCAUCUGUCCCGAGGGCACCUUCCUGGAUGACACGGGCAAAUGUGUGCAGGCCAGCAACUGUCCCUGCUAUCACAGGGGCUCCGUGAUCCCCAAUGGGGAGUCGGUGCACGACAGUGGGGCUGUCUGCACCUGCAUGCAUGGGAAGCUGAGCUGCAUCGGAGGCCAAGCCCCCACCCCAGUGUGUGCUUCACCCAUGGUGUUCUUUGACUGCCGCAAUGCCACGCCCGGGGACACAGGGGCCGGCUGUCAGAAGAGCUGCCACACCCUGGACAUGACCUGUUACAGUCCCCAGUGUGUGCCUGGCUGCGUGUGCCCCGAUGGGCUGGUGGCAGAUGGCGAGGGAGGCUGCAUCCAGGUGGAGGACUGCCCCUGCGUGCACAACGAGGCCAGUUACCGGGCCGGCCAGACCAUCCGGGUGGGCUGCAACACCUGCACUUGUGACAGCAGGAUGUGGCGGUGCACAGAUAACCCCUGCCUGGCCACCUGUGCUGUGUACGGGGAUGGUCACUACCUCACCUUCGACGGGCAGAGCUACAGCUUCAAUGGAGACUGCGAGUACAUGCUGGUGCAGAACCACUGUGGUGGGAAAGGCAGCGCACAGGACUCCUUCCGUGUUGUCACUGAGAACAUCCCCUGCGGCACCACGGGGACCACCUGCUCCAAGGCCAUCAAGAUCUUCCUGGGGGGCUCCGAGCUGAAGCUGAGCCACGGGAAGGUGGAGGUGAUUGGGACGGACGAGAGCCAGGAGGUGCCAUACACCAUCCGGCAGAUGGGCAUCUACCUGGUGGUGGACACCGACAUCGGCCUGGUUCUGCUGUGGGACAAGAAGACCAGCAUCUUCAUCAACCUCAGCCCCGAGUUCAAGAGCAGGGUCUGUGGCCUGUGCGGGAACUUCGAUGACAUUGCUGUCAACGACUUUGCCACACGGAGCCAGUCUGUGGUGGGGGAUGAGCUGGAGUUCGGGAACAGUUGGAAGCUCUCCCCGUCCUGCCCGGAUGCCCUGGCAGCCAAGGACCCCUGCACGGCCAACCCCUUCCGCAAGUCCUGGGCCCAGAAGCAGUGCAGCAUCCUCCACGGCCCCACCUUCGCCGCCUGCCACGCACACGUGGAGCCAGCCAGGUACUAUGAGGCCUGUGUGAAUGACGCAUGUGCCUGCGACUCAGGGGGUGACUGCGAGUGUUUCUGCACGGCUGUGGCCGCCUACGCCCAGGCCUGCCAUGAAGUGGGCCUGUGUGUGUCCUGGCGGACCCCGAGCAUCUGCCCUCUGUUCUGUGACUACUACAACCCGGAAGGCCAGUGCGAGUGGCACUACCAGCCCUGUGGGGCGCCCUGCCUGCGGACCUGCCGGAACCCGCGCGGAGACUGCCUGCAGGACAUCCGGGGCCUGGAAGGCUGCUACCCCAAGUGCCCAACAGAGGCUCCCAUCUUUGAUGAGGACAAGAUGCAGUGUGUGGCCACCUGCCCGACCCCACCUCUGCCACUACCGUGCCACGUCCAUGGGAAGUCCUACCGGCCAGGCGCAGUGGUGCCCUCAGACAAGAACUGCCACUCCUGCCUCUGCACCGAGCGCGGCGUGAAGUGCAGCUACGAAGCUGAGGCCUGUGUCUGUACCUACGACGGACAGCGCUUCCACCCAGGGGACGUCAUCUACCACACGACGGACGGCACGGGUGGCUGCAUCUCUGCCCGCUGCGGGGCCAACGGCACCAUUGAGAGGAGGGUCUACCCCUGCAGCCCCACCACCCCCGUCCCCGCAACCACCUUCUCCUUCUCCACGCCCCCGCUCGCCCCUCAUGCUCAGCUGCCUUAUCUUCUGCCCACAGUCGUGAGCUCCACGCACACCCCCAGCCCUGUCCCGAGCAGCGCGCACACAGGCCCUCCAAGCAGCGCCUGGCCCACCACAGCAGGCACUUCUCCCAGGACGAGGCCGCCCACAGCCUCUGCCUUGCUGCCACCGGUCUGUGGGGAAGAGUGCCUGUGGUCACCUUGGAUGGACAUUAGCCGCCCUGGACGGGGCAUGGACAGCGGUGACUUUGACACACUGGAGAACCUCCGCACCCAUGGGUACCUGGUGUGCGAAUCACCCAGGUCGGUGGAGUGCCGAGCUGAGGACGCCCCCAGAGUGCCACUCCGAGCCCUGGGGCAGCAUGUGCAGUGCAGCCUGGACAUGGGGCUGACCUGUCGUAACAGGGAGCAGGCAUCGGGGCUCUGCUACAACUACCAGAUCAGGGUCAUGUGUUGCACGCCCCUAGCCUGCUCCACCUCUAGCACCCUCCAGUGCCGGCAACAUCAACAUCAUCCACUGUCGACCACGGCCCCGGGGACCUCUGUGGUCUCCAGCAAGCCCACCCACACGGAGUCCACCACACCCUCCUGUGUACACGAGCUUUGCACCUGGACCGAGUGGAUCGACGGCAGCUACCCUGAUCCUGGAAUAAACGGCGGAGAUUUUGACACAUUUCAAAAUUUGAGAGACGAAGGAUACAAAUUCUGUGAAAAUCCUCAAAGCGUGGAGUGCCGGGCACAGGGCUUCCCCAACACGCCACUGGCAGACCUGGGGCAGGACGUCAUCUGUAGCCGCACGGAGGGGCUGAUUUGCCUGAACAAGAAUCAGCUCCCACCCAUCUGCUACAACUACGAGAUCCGCAUCCAGUGUUGCAAGACGGUGAACAAGUGCAGAGACGGCACCAGAACGCUGAAGACCGUCACAACUACACGGCCGACUCCACACCCAGCUGGAGCUCAGACCCAGACCACCUUCACCACACAUAUGCCGUCAGCCUCCACGGAGCAACCCACAGCCACCUCCAGGGGUGAGUCCACAGCAACCAGCAUCACACAGGGCACCCACAGCAGAUCGGUCACCAGAGACUGUCAUCCCCAGUGCACUUGGACCAAGUGGUUCGAUGUGGACUUCCCGUCCCCUGGACCCCACGGCGGAGAUGAGGAAACCUACAACAACAUCAUCAGGAGUGGGGAAAAAAUCUGCCGCCAACCUGAGGAGAUCACCGGGCUCCAGUGCCGAGCCAAGAGCCACCCGGAGGUGAGCAUCAAACACUUGGGCCAGGUGGUGCAGUGCAGCCGCGAAGAGGGCCUGGUGUGCCGGAACCAGGACCAGCAGGGACCCUUCAAGAUGUGCUUCAACUAUGAGGUGCGCGUGCUUUGCUGUGAGACCCCCAAAGGCUGCCCUGUGACGUCCACACCUGUCACAGCUCCUAGCACCCCAAGUGGGAGAGCCACCAGUCCAACUCAGAGCACCUCCUCUUGGCAGAAACCCAGGACAACCACAUUGGUGACAAUUAGCACAACCUCCACUCCACAGACCAGUACAAUCUCUACCCCUACAACCAGCAUGACCUCUGCUCCUACACCCAGAACAACCUAUGCUCCGACAACCAGCACAACCUCAGCUCCUACAACUAACACAUCCUCGGCUCCUACAACCAGCACAACCUCUGCUCCGACAAAAAGCACAACCUGCACUCGAAAGACCAGCACAACCUCUGCCCCUACAACCAGCACGACCUCUGCUCCUACAACUAGCAUGACCUCUGCUCCUACCACCAGCACAACCUCUGCUCCUACAACCAGCACCAACUCUGCUCCUACAACCAGCACCAGUUCUGCUCCUACAACCAGCACAACCUCUAUUCCUGGAACUACUCCCAGCCCUGUUCCCACCACCAGUACAACUUCUGCUCCUACAACCAGCACAACCUCUGCCGCUACAACACAACCUUUGGUCCUGGAACUACUCCCAGUCCAGUUCCUACCACCAGCACAACCUCUGCUCCUACAACUAGCACCACACAACCGCUGCUUCUACAACCAGAACAACCUCUGGUCCUGGAACUACUCCCAGCCCAGUUCCUACCACCAGCACAACCUCUGCUCCUACAACCAGCACCAGCUCUGCUCCUACAACCAGCACCAGUUCUGCUCCUACAACCAGCACAACCUCUAUUCCUGGAACUACUCCCAGCCCUGUUCCCACCAUCAGCACAACCUCUGCUCCUACAAGCAGCACAACCUCUGCUGCUAUAACCAGCACAACCUCUGCUUCUACAACCAGCACAACGUCUGGUCCGGGAACUACUCCCAGCCCUGUUCCUACCACCAGUAUAACCUUUGCUCCUACAACCAGCACCACCAGCUCUGCUCCUACAACCAGUACCAGUUCUGCUCCUACAACCAGCACAACUUCUACACCACCAGCUCUGCUCCUACAACCAGCACCAGCUCUGCUCCUACAACCAGCAGAAGCUCUAGUCCUGGAACUACUCCCAGCCAUCACAACCUCUGCUCCUACAACCAGCACCAGCUCUGCUCCUACAAUCAGCACCAGUUCUGCUCCUACAACCAGCACAACCUCUGGUCCUGGAACUACUCCCAGCCCAGUUCCUACCACCAACACAACCUCUGCUCCAACAACCAGAACAACCUCUGCCCCUACAAGCAGCACAACCUCUGCCGCUAUAACCAGCACAACCUCUGCUUCUACAACCAGCACAACCUCUAUACAACCUUUACUCCUACAACCAGCACCACCAGCUCUGCUCCUACAACCAGUACCAGUUCUGCUCCUACAACCAGCACAACCUCUAGUCCUGGAACUACUCCCAGCCCUCACAACCUCUGCUUCUACAACCAGCACAACCUCUGGUCCUGGAACGACUCCCAGCCCUGUUCCUACCACCAGUACAACCUUUGCUCCUACAACCAGCACCAUCAGCUCUGCUCCUACAACCAGUACCAGUUCUGCUCCUACAACCAGCACAACCUCUAUUCCUGGAACUACUCCCAGCCCUGUUCCUACCACCAACACAACCUCUGCUUCUACAACCAGCACAACCUCUGGUCCUGGAACUACUCCCAGCCCCGUUCCUACCACCCACACCAUCAGCUCUGUUCCUACAACCAGCACCACCAGCUCUGCUCCUACAACCAGUACCAGUUCUGCUCCUACAACCAGCACAACCUCUACAUCAGCUCUGCUCCUACAAUCAGCACCACCAGCUCUGCUCCUACAACCAGCACAACCUCUAGUCCUGGAACUACUCCCAGCCCUAACCAGCACCAGCUCUCCUCCUACAACCAGCACCAGUUCUGCUCCUACAACCAGCACCAGUUCUGCUCCUACAACCAGCAUAACCUCUAUUCCUGGAAGUACUCCCAGCCCUGUUCCCACCACCAGCACAACCUCUGCUCCUACAACCAGAGCAACCUCUGCCCCUACAAGCAUCACAACAUCUGCCACUACAACCAGCACAACCUCUGUUCCUACCACCAGCACAACCUCUGCUCCUACAACCAGCACCAGCUCUGCUCCUACGACCAGCACAACCUCCAGUCCUGGAACUUUUCCCAGCCCUGUUCCCACCACCAGCACAACCUCUGCUCCCACCACCAGCACAACCUCUGCUUCUACAACCAGCACAACCUCUGCACAGUCUCUGCCCCUACAACCAGAAAAACCUCUGCCCCUACAAGCAGCACAACCUCAGCCGCUCACAAACUCUGCUCCUACAACCAGCACAACCUCUGCCUCUACAACCAGCACAACCUCUGGUCCUGGAAUGACUCCCAGCCCUGUUCCCACCACCAGCACGACCUCUGCUCCUACUACCAGCACAACCUCUGCUAUUACAACCAGCCCAACCUCUGCCCCUACAAGCAGUACAACCUCCACUCCACAGACCAGCAUAACCUCUGUUCCUACAACCAGCACAACUUCUGGUCCUGGAAUUCCUACCACCAGCACAACCUCUGCUUCUACAACCAGCACCAGCUCUGCUCCUACGACCAGCACAACCUCCAGUCCUGGAACUAUUCCCAGCCUUGUUCCCACCACCAGCACAACUUCUGCUCCUACAACCAGCAAAACCUCUGCUUCAACAACCAGCACAACCUCUGUUGCUGGAACUACUCCCAGCCCUGUUCCUACCACCAGCACAACCUCAGCUCCUACCACCAGCCCCAGCUCUGCUCCGACAAGCAGCACAACCUCUGGUCCUGGAACUACUCCCAGCCCUGUUCCCACUACCAGCAUAACUUCUGCUCCUACAACCAGAACAACCUCUGCACCUACAAGCAGCACAACCUCUGCUUCUACUACCACACUACUUCUGCCCCUACAAGCAGCACAACCUCAGCUCCUACAACCAGCACAACCUCUGCUCCUACAACCAGCACAACCUCUGCUCCUACAACCAGCACACCCUGCUUCUGCAACGUAACUGACCGGCUCUACCCCGCGGGAUCUACCAUAUACCACCACAGAGACCUCGCCGGCCACUGCUAUUAUGCCCUGUGCAGCCAGGACUGCCAAGUGGUCAGAGGGGUUGACAGUGACUGUCCAUCCACCACGCUGCCUCCUGCCCCAGCCACGUCCCCUUGGACAUCCACCUCUGAGCCCGUCACUGAGCUGGGAUGCCCAAAUGUGGUUCCCCCCAGAAAGAAAGGUGAGACCUGGGCCAUGCCCAACUGCUCCGAGGCCACCUGUGAGGGCAACAAUAUCAUCUCCCUGCACCCGCGAACGUGCCCAAGGGUGGAGAAACCCACCUGUGCCAAUGGCUACCCAGCCCUGAAGGUGGCCGACCAGGAUGGCUGCUGCCAUCACUACCAGUGCCAGUGUGUGUGCAGCGGCUGGGGUGAUCCCCACUACAUCACCUUUGAUGGCACCUACUACACCUUCCUGGACAACUGCACGUACGUGCUGGUGCAGCAGAUCGUGCCCGUGUACGGCCACUUCCGCGUGCUGGUGGACAACGACUUCUGCGGCGCGGAGGACGGGCUUUCCUGCCCGAGGUCCAUCAUCCUGGAGUACCAGCAGGACCGCGUGGUGCUGACCCGCAAGCCAGUCCACGGGGUGAUGACCAAUGAGAUCAUCUUCAAUGACAAGGUAGUCAGCCCCGGCUUCCGGAAAAAUGGCAUCGUGGUCUCGCGCGUCGGCAUCAAGAUGUACGCGACCGUCCCGGCACUGGGCGUCCAGGUCAUGUUCUCCGGCCUCAUCUUCUCGGUGGAGGUUCCCUUCAGCAAGUUUGCCAACAACACCGAGGGCCAGUGUGGCACUUGCACCAACGACCUGGAGGAUGAGUGCCGCACGCCUGAGGGCACGGUGGUCGCUUCCUGCUCUGAGAUGUCUGGCCUCUGGAAUGUCAGCAUCCCCAAUCAGCCAGCCUGCCACGGGCCUCGCCCGCUGCCCACCACGGUCGGGCCCACGACAGUUGGGUCCACCACGUUUGGGCCCACCACCCCGCCUGCUCUGUGCCCGCCAUCAUCCAUCUGCCAGCUGAUUCUGAGCAAGGUCUUUGAGCCAUGCCAUGCCGUGAUCCCCCCACUGCCAUUCUAUGAGGGCUGCACUUUCGACCAGUGCCACAAGACCGACCCGGACACGGUGUGCUCCAGCCUGGAGCUGUACGCGGCACUCUGCGCGUCCCAAGACAUCUGCAUCGACUGGAGAGGCCGGACCAACCACACGUGCCCAUUCACCUGCCCAGCCGACAAGGUGUACCAGCCCUGCGGCCCGAGCAAUGCUUCCUACUGCUAUGGGAAUGACAGUGCCAGCCUCGGGGCCCUGCCGGAGGCCGGCCCCAUCACCGAAGGCUGCUUCUGUCCGGAGGGCAUGACUCUCUUCAGCACCAGUGCCCAAGUCUGCGUGCCCACGGGCUGCCCCAUCUGCAACACCAGCCGCUGCCCUGCACCCGUGGACUGUCCCGAGGGUGCCCGUGCGAUCCCGACCUACGAGGAGGGGACCUGCUGCCCGGUCCAAAACUGCAAUUGGACAGAGUGCAGCAUCAACGGGACCUUGUACCAGCCCGGUGCCGUGGUCUCCUCGAGCCUGUGCGAAACCUGCAAGUGUGAGCUGCCUGGCGGCUCCCUGUUGGACACGUUUGUGGUCAGUUGUGAGACCCAGAUCUGCAACACACACUGCCCUGUGGGUUUUGAGUACCAGGAGCAGAGCGGGCAGUGCUGUGGCACCUGUGUGCAGGUCGCCUGUGUCGCCAACACCAGCGGGAGCUCCAUCCACCUCUUCUACCCCGGCGAGACCUGGUCAGACCCCGGGAACCACUGUGUCACCCAUGAGUGUGAGAAGCACUUGGACGGGCUGGUGGUGGUCACCACGAAGAAGGCGUGCCCCCCGCUCAGCUGUUCUCUGGACGAAGCCCACAAGAGCGAGGACGGCUGCUGUCACUUCUGCCCGCCGCCCCCGCUCCCACCCCAGUACCAGAACCAGUCGACCUGUGCUGUGUACCAUAGGAGCCAGAUCAUCCAGCAGCAGGGCUGCAACUCCUCGGAGCCCGUGCGCCUGGCUUACUGCCGGGGAAACUGUGGGGACAGCUAUUCCAUGUACGUGCCUGGGCAGUACUCGUUCGAGGGCAACAUGGUGGAGCACAGGUGCCAGUGCUGCCAGGAGCUGCGGACUUCGCUGAGGAAUGUGACCCUGCACUGUGCCGACGGCUCCAGCCGGGCCUUCAGCUUCACCGAGGUGGAACAGUGCGGCUGCAUGGGCCGGCGGUGCCCCGCGCCGGGCGACACCCAGCACUCGGAGGAGAUGGGACCCAAGCAGAACCAGGAGGCGGGGAGUGGGAGCUGGGAGAGAGGCACCCCAGUGUCCCCCGUCCACUGA